AGACAAUCAUUAUUCAUCUCACUGCCAACAAUACCUUCGGAUGGAUUUAGCAACAAGCAUUUGAAAUUGUCACCAUCUUUUUUUGAAUUGCUGCCAUCGGCAGAACUCAAAUCAAAGUAGUAACAGCCUGGGAAGAGGACAUGCUACAGUAGGAGACCUCCAAGCAAACUCACCUGAGACAACACUGCUCAGACAACUGCAAAGCUUAAAGAUGCCGCUUUUUGGCUGGAUGAAAUGGCCAAAAAAUGACUCCUACAAAUCCUCAAGGUAUCCUGGAUCGGAACUAGUUACAAAAACCCUGCUGAGGGAAUUGAAAUGGCACCUGAAAGAGCGUGAGAGGUUAGUGCAAGAGAUUGAAAACGAACAAAAAGUCCAGAAAAGUGGCAUGGAUUACAACUGGUUGAAGAACUACCAAAAUCCUCAAGCAACAAUUCCAGCUACUGAGCAGCGGCAGCUCGAAGUUCUGUGCUCUCAAAUCCAACCCUGUCAGACUGGAACUGUUCUCAGCAGAUUUCGUGAAGUUUUGGCAGAAAAUGAUGUUCUGCCUUGGGAAAUAGUCUACAUAUUCAAGCAAGUUUUAAAAGAUUUUCUUACUACCAUCGAGAAGGAAAACCAACAAGAGCAACUGGUAAACAUGUGGAAUACAAAUUGCUCUGAACACUUCAGCCUGCGUGGAGACAGCUCUAACAGGUCGGAGAAAGAGGAAAUCCCUACAGUUUCAAGUUAUGUUGACAAAAACACACAAAGCAUGUUUCCCACUUUCUCUGAUAGGAUCUGGAAUCUACCAUACUACUACCCAUCAACUUAAGUUGCUUUGUGUUUCUUUCAAAAAAAGAUCUGUAGCUGUCGGCCUUCCUUCAUUGUAAUGCCAUCCACAAACAUAGCAAUAAGAAAUGCAUCAUGUCCCCUUUUUUAUCUUACGAGUUCAGAAACUAAAAUCCUUGAUUACAGCUAGUAUGCACUAUAUAAACUUGUAGUAUGAACUCUCUCCUCUUACCUUCAACAUUCCUUGAAGUUGUUGUGUUUGAAGGAACCUUUUAACCAAAAAUGUAGACGUUGCUGAUAAAACAAGCAUUUUAUUUUGGCAUAUCUGUAGAUUCAGAAGUGUAAACAAGAAAAGACUGCUUUACUGUACUUUGGAGUAUUUUGAGGUAGCACCACUCCACACAUUAGUAGGCAACAACUUCUGUAUUUACUACAUAGCUUCUAAGCUCUACAGGGAAUUUAUACAAUGUGAGAUUUCUUUAGUAUACCUGAUGUUAUAUUAAAUGGAUAAGUACCUUUCAGAGCUGAGUAUUUAUUUCUCAAUUUCAAGAGUAAGUCCUAAAGCAAAAGCAACGUAAAAUAAUAUUUCACUGCA